UAUACUUCUUAUCAGGGCAGCAGGUUGCCUUAGCACUGAGGAGAAGGCUAUGACAUCAUAAUAAGUAUAAACGGUAAGGAUUUCUUUUGUCCUCCCAUUUGUGCUGCUGACCGUGAGCUCCCACAUUCGCCAAGAUCUACAACCUGCCACGGACCAAGAUGAUGACAUAUCAAACUGAAGUGAUCAACACACAGCCUCAGGUGACAGUCACCAGUUAUACUGUCUCCACGGGUUCCUCUGACUGGAGCUCCAAUCUCUGUGACUGCUGUGAUGACUGUGGCAUCUGCCUCUGUGGCACAUUUAUCCCCUGCAUCCUGGGUUGUAAGGUGGCACAGGAUCAUGGUGAGAGCUGCUGCCUACCCUUUCUGCCUGGAACAAUGAUUGCUUUAAGAACCAGCAUUCGUGACAAAUUCCAGAUCAAUGGGUCUAUCUGUGAUGACUGGUUGGUUAUGACCUGCUGCACGUUAUGUGGUCUCUGCCAGAUGGCUCGGGAACAGAAAAUGAGGGGCUGAGGAAUCCAAAAGGGCCUGGUGGCUUCUUGAUUACAAAAUUUCCUCUUCUGCAUAUUAAUUUAUGGAUAAAUAAUACCUAGUAAUAGAAGUGCUUUAUUGUAGACUGCCUUGUACAAUAUUAUUUUUAGGCAAUGCAAUAAUAUUAUUAUUAUUAUUAUUAUUAUUAUAGAUUAAUGGUGACUAGCCAUUUCAAUAAAAUAUUUGUUUUUGA